AUGCCGUCCUUCCCAGAAGAGCCGCUCUUGGCCCCAAGCCCUGACCGCUUCUGUAUGUUCCCGAUCGAGUACCCACAGAUCUGGGAGAUGUACAAGAAGGCCGAGGCUUCCUUUUGGACCGCGGAAGAAGUCGACCUCUCUCAGGACACCCGCCACUGGGAAGCACUCUCCGCCGACGAGCGCCACUUCAUCACCCACGUCCUCGCCUUCUUCGCCGCCUCCGACGGAAUCGUCCUCGAGAAUCUCGCCGGCCGGUUCAUGAAGGAAGUGCAAGUCGCCGAGGCAAGAGCCUUCUACGGGUUCCAGAUCGCGAUCGAGAACAUCCACUCCGAGAUGUACAGCCUCCUUCUCGAGACCUACAUCAAGGACUCCGACGAGAAGAGCCGACUCUUCCGCGCCAUCGAGACGGUGCCCUGUGUGGCCAAGAAGGCCCAGUGGGCCUUGAAGUGGAUCGACGGCGGGGAGUCGUUCGCCGAGAGGUUGAUUGCGUUUGCCUGCGUGGAAGGGAUUUUCUUCUCCGGUAGCUUCUGCGCGAUAUUCUGGCUGAAGAAGCGUGGGCUGAUGCCUGGAUUGACGUUCUCCAACGAGCUGAUCUCGCGAGAUGAAGGGCUUCAUUGCGAUUUUGCCUGCUUGCUGUAUGGGUUGAUGAAGGUGAAGCCCAGCGAGGAGCGGGUGAAGGGGAUUGUUAGGGAUGCGGUGGAUAUCGAGAGGGAGUUUGUUUGUGAUGCCCUGCCGUGCGCGCUGGUUGGGAUGAAUGGGGCGUUGAUGAGUCUGUAUAUUGAGUUCGUUGCUGAUAGGUUACUGGACUGCCUUGGCUGUGGGAAGAUUUACAAUGUGACGAAUCCUUUUGAUUGGAUGGAGCUGAUUUCGUUGCAGGGCAAGACGAAUUUCUUUGAGAAGAGGGUUGGGGAAUACCAGAAGGCUUCUGUUAUGAAUAGCCUUAAUGGUGGCAAUGGUGGAAGCCAUGAGUUUAAGAUGGAUGAAGACUUCUAA